AAUUAUAUCGCGACAUAGGCAAGACUGCUUGAAUGUAACCUCUCAAUUUUCAUAUUUUAGGAAAAUUAUUGUAUAUAUUUUUAUUAUUCUGGGCUACUGGCUCCAAUGGCUUGUCCGAUUUAUUAUUAAAUGAGGUUAGUUUGUUUGUUUAUAUCUUGUUAAAGGGAACAGUGGACAAAGUUUUCCUCUAGUAAAUAGCAGAAUGGGAGAUUUUAAGAGCAAAACGGAUAUUCCAAAAUACGGUUUUAAAGUGAAAUUAAAUCAUGAAUAUCCCGAGAAGCGAACCCCAUAUUUUAAACCUUCGCUAAGGAUAAUUUGGGAUCUUUUACCUAUGUUUCUGAGAUACAUUUACUAUUAUAUUGUAUAUAGAAUUAAGAAAAAAUCAGUGGUAAUGGAUUAUUUAUUCAUGUCAACAGCGAAAAGAAUGUACGGAGUUCCAAUCGGGGGAAUUGGAUCUGGCACUAUUGGAAGAGGGUAUAAAGGUGAAUUCUGUCGAUUUCAACUAAGACCGAAUGCCUGUGAGUACAACACAGUUGACGCCAACCAGUUUAUCGUUACCAUCAAGGAUCAAAGUGAUGCUACCAUUUUUCAAAGUUGUCUAUCUACAUACACGAAAACGUCUUUGCCUUCUUGGCAAAGUCUUCUUGAUGGAAAUAAAUGUUACUACACAGGACUGUAUCCGAGAGCAUGGAGUUAUUUUGAUCUCUCGGAAUUUGGGAUCAAACUCACUUGCAGGCAAAUUAGUCCAGUGAUACCGCAUGAUUAUGAAAAUAGUUGCAUGCCAUGUGCAGUGUUUGUAUGGAACGUGGAAAAUAUAGGUGAUGAAGAACGAUCUGUAACAAUUUCCUUUACUUUCAAAAACGGAACUGGUUCAAAGAAAGCCGACAAAGAAACAUCGUGUAGCUCUAAAGCAUUUUCGUAUCAGAAUUUGGAAGGCGUAAUUCUCUACCAUAAAUUAGACAAAAUGCAGUGUUCUUAUUCAUUAGGUGUAAAAGCAGCAGAUGGGGUAGCCAUAUCGAAAUGCUUGCAUUUUGAUCCAAAUUCAAAUGGUUCGGUUGUAUGGAMUCAGCUAAAGGACAAUGGCCAAUUUGACAAAAUCAAAGGUGAGCCCAGUAAAACCCAUCAUAUUUUUGGUGAAAUGGCUGUGGGGGUUUCCGCAAAAAGUAAACUUCUUGGGAACACAUCUCAAAGCUUUGAAAUGGUCCUGGCCUGGGAUAUGCCCAGCAUCAUUUAUCCUGUAGGUCAGAACAAGUAUUUUAGAUUUUACACAGAAAAGUUCGGGAAAGAAAAUGCAGCAUUGAAAAUAGUCAACCACGCAUUGCAGAACUAUCCAAUGUGGGAAGACAAGAUUUAUGAAUGGCAAAAACCUAUUUUAGAUGACGGUGAUCUUCCAGAUUGGUAUAAAUCUGCACUUUUCAAUGAAUCGUACUUUUUGAGCGACGGCGGCACUGUAUGGUUGAGCUUAGAAGAAGAAUUUGCUAAAACACUAAAUACUAGUGACUCGAGAAAAAAAUAUGGUAGAUUUGCGUAUUUGGAAGGCCAUGAGUACCGAAUGUAUAAUUCGUAUGACGUGCAUUUCUACGCAUCUCAUGCACUAAGCAAAAAUUUCCCGGAACUUCAAAAGUCUCUUCAGUACGACCUGAGAGACUACAUAUUUUUGGAGGUGCCCGAUAAAAUGAAGAUGGUUUCCGAUGGCAAAACAGUCGAGCGGAAAAAGCCAAACACUGUACCUCAUGAUACAGGAGAUCCAGGCGAAUCGCCUUUCAUCCUGAUAAACGCAUAUCCUAUAGAGGAUGUGAGUACCUGGAAAGAUUUGAGCUCAAAGUUUGUUCUGCAGACUUUCAGAGAUGCCAUUGUGGGAAACGUUGUCGAUACCACAUUUAUACAGGAUAUGUACAAGGCUUGUGAUAUAGUAAUGAGAAAGUUGCUGGUUUUUGACUAUGAUCAAGAUGGACUAAUCGAAAAUUCUGGAAAACCGGACCAAACAUAUGAUACUUGGGUUAUGAAAGGUGCCAGUUCUUAUUGCGGAGGUCUUUGGUUAGCUGCAGUUUACGCGAUGACGGAAAUGGCAGUUACUGUAGGCAACACAGACGAUAAGGAUUUUUAUCAAGAUAUUCUAGACAGAGGCAUCAAAGCAUUCCAGAAAAAGUUAUGGAAUGGUCAAUACUAUAACUUUGACUGUUCAACCGAUCAAUGUAAGAGCAUCAUGGCUGACCAACUCAACGCGCAAUGGUAUUUAGGAUGCAUUGGCAAAGGACACGAUUAUCCGCUGUUUCCAAAAAAGAACAUUGAUAGUGCUCUAAGGACUAUUUACAAAAAUAAUGUGCUUAGUUUCUGCGAUGGCAACAUGGGUGCAGUAAAUGGAUUUCUCAAUGGACAGGCAGACAAAAUGACUAUUCAGAGCCAAGAAGUGUGGACUGGUGUUACGUACGCUCUUGCUGCUACAAUGAUUCAGGAGGGAUUGAUUAAUGAAGGAUUUAAAACAGCCGGAGGAAUGUUUAAGUCGAUGACCGAGAAGUUCGGAAUGAUUUUCAACACUCCUGAGGCACUCUAUGAAAAAUCUUGUUAUAGAGCGAUGGGCUAUAUGAGACCGCUCAGCAUUUGGUCUAUGCAAAUAGCUUGGGAGCAAAAAAAUAACAAACCAUCCAAUUAAUGCAUUAUUGCAAGUAGUUGCACCAUUGUUUACUAUUAUUUCCCAAUCAAUAUAGAUAUUUCAAUGUUUCAUACAUAUGUAAAGAUAUUAUCAAUGUAUUAAUUAUUUAUAUUUGCUUUACUAUAUUUUAUGCAAUUUAAUAUGAAUGCAAGUACUCAACGUAUGUUGUACACUUAACAGUCAACACUUAAGUAUGGAAUUAAUUUUUUUAACAUAUUUCAUAUAAGGGUAAUAUGCCGUGCACAAUAAAGAUAGCAAAGUAUUAAUGUA